AUGGCUUUUUUCCUGUUUCUGAGACGACAUGCCUGGAGGUUAACCGCUUGUUUGUUUCCAUAUUGUGUUCCUGCACAGGUCCAUGAGCAAUCGCCCCUCAAGGUGAAGAACUUCGGCAUCUGGCUGCGUUACGACUCUCGCAGUGGGACCCACAACAUGUACCGCGAGUACAGAGACCUGACCACGUCUGGAGCCGUCACUCAGUGCUAUCGUGAUAUGGGUGCCAGGCAUCGCGCCCGCGCUCACGCCAUCCAGAUCAUGAAGGUGCAGAUCAUCGCAGCCAACAAAUGCCGCAGACCCGCCAUCAAGCAGUUCCACGACUCCAAGAUCAAGUUCCCUCUUCCUCACAGGGUUCUGCGCCGCCAGCACAAGCCCCGUUUCACCACCAAGAGACCAAACACUUUCUUUUAAAGUGUAUGUUUGUGCUUUUCACAUCACAGACGAAUAAAAGAGAAAAUCAA